GGGAAGACGACAUUCAACCUAGUCACACAAACAUAGUCAAUUUUUCCAAAGUUUCGAUCUCGCGCAAAAUAUUUUAUUCAGGGAUUUGUUUUUUUAAAUCUGUGAAAGUGAAAACAUUUGCGCUUUUGCUAACAUCAUAAGUGAAUAUCUUUCUACUAUUUAACACAAGUAAAAUAAGCUAUUCGUUGAACUGUGUAAUACUGUGCAGCAUUUGUGACAUAAUAACCAAUUUGGAAAGUUAUUAAAUUGAUUAGUAAUAUUUCUUGAAUUCAAAAGAAUAGUUUUCUAACAAAAUGGACUAUCCAGAUCCAGAUGCCGGUUAUGUGGAUGAAGAUGAAGAAGAGAUACCAAUGGCUGAGAGGGAAUUGGCUGAAGAUGCUGAAUGGAAGCUUAUUCAAAAAAACACUUUCACUAGAUGGGCAAAUGAACAUCUUAAACCUAAAAAUGUUACUGUAGAUGAUUUACAAUUUGAUUUAGCUGAUGGUCUACGUUUGAUUGCAUUGGUUGAGUCAUUAUCUGGGCAACAAUUUAAACAUGUUAAUAGAAAACCAAGUUUUCGUACCCAGAAAUUAGAAAAUGUUACAAUGGUUUUAAGAUUUCUUGAAGAGAAUGAAGGUCUUCGUCUAGUGAACAUAGAUAGUUCAGAUAUUGUUGACUGUCGUAGUAAGCUUAUACUUGGUUUAAUUUGGACUCUUAUUUUGCAUUAUUCAAUAACAAUCCCACUUUGGGAAGGUGAACCUGAUUUCGGAGCUCAAGGUCCAACACCAAAACAACGUCUCUUAUCAUGGUUAAAUAAUAAAUUAGCUGAUCGACCAGUUAAAAAUUUCACAACAGACUGGAAUGAUGGUAUUGCAAUCGGUGCACUAGUUGAUGCUUGUGCACCAGGUUUAUGCCCUGAUUGGAGAGAAUGGGAACCUAAACAAAAUCUACGUAAUGCUCGUGAAGCAAUGGGUGCUGCUGAACAAUGGUUAGAUGUUCCACAAUUAAUACGUCCAGAAGAGAUGACUAAUCCUAGAGUUGAUGAAAAAGCUAUGAUGACAUAUUUAAGUCAAUUUCCUAGUGCUAAAUUAAAAGAUGGUGCACCUUUAAGACCAAAAUCAAAUCCUGGCCUUGUUCGAGCUUAUGGUCCUGGUCUCGAACCACAUGGAAAUACUGUUGGUAAUCCUGCACGAUUUACUAUUGAUACAUUCAGUGCUGGUCGGGGUGCUGUUGAAGUGAUUGUGCUGAAUCCUAAAGGACAAAGAGAACCAUGUGAUGUACUCAGUAAUAAUGAUAAACAACAAACUUAUUCUUGUGCUUAUGUUCCAACACAAGAAGGUGAAUACAGGGUUAUCAUUAAAUUUGCCACUAAAGAAAUUUUAAAUUCACCAUUUAAAGUUAUGGUAGAAGGUGCACAAGGUGAUGGAAGUAAAGCAACUGCAUCUGGUCCAGGAAUUGAACCAACUGGGAAUCAAGUUGGUCGACGUACAUUCUUCAAUAUAUUCACUGCCGCUGCUGGACCUGGAAAUGCAGACUGUGUAAUUCUAGAUCCUCAUGGCCGACGUGAUGCUAUUAAACCUUUGAUAACUCGUCAAGGUGAAGAUAAUUAUCUUGUAGAAUAUACACCAAAAGAUGAAGGACUUCAUUCAGUUAAUGUAUUUUAUGCUGGUCAACAAAUAUCAAAUUCACCAUUUGGUGUGAUGGUUGGUCCACGACCACCACCAGUAGUACAAUCUCCUGCACCUAUAGUUAACCAAGAAGCUCCAUUGCAAGCAACACAGUCACCUAGGAAAAUGUCUCAACCACAACGACCAGCCUGUGAUCCCAAACAAGCUUAUGCCACAGGUCGAGGAAUUCAACCUCAAGGUAUACGAGUCAAAGAUUUGGCUGAUUUUAAAGUACAUACAGAAGAUGCUGGUGAAGGUCCACUAGAAGUGUCUGUAAUUGCUCCAGAUGGUAGAGGAAUUCCUUGCACAAGUCGAAAAACUGGUGCCUAUUUGUUUGACUGUAGUUACACACCUCAACGACCAGGUACACAUCAAGUUAAUGUUCGGUAUGGUGGAGAUCAUAUUAUGCUAAGUCCAUUUACGGUGGAAGUUGCUCCUUACAAAGAAUCACGUAUAAGAGCAUUUGGUCCAGGUCUCGUUGGUGGUGUUGUCAAUAAACCAGCUGUUUUUGUCGUGGAAACAAAUGGUGAAACUGGCGCUUUAGGUUUUUCAAUCGAAGGUCCAAGUGAAGCAAGAAUUGAUUGUACAGAUAAUGGAGAUGGAUCAGCUACUGUAGCUUAUUGGCCAACAGCUCCUGGUGAAUAUGCAGUACAUAUUUUAUGUAAUGAUGAAAAUAUACCAAAAUCUCCUUUCAUGGUUCCAAUUGAACCAGAUAUGGGUAAAUGUGAUCCUGAAAGAGUUAAAGCACAUGGACCAGGUAUAAUGCCAACUGGGAACGUUGCUGGUCAACCAACUGAAUUUACAGUAGAUAUUAGAGAUUCUGGUGGUCCUGCCCCAUUAACAGUUGAAUGCAGAGACAAUGAAGGUGAACCAGUUGCAUUGAAAGUUCGUGAUAAUGGCGAUGGUACUUAUACAUGUAGCUAUACACCUAAAGUUCCUAAAAAACACACAGUCCUUGUUUCCUACGGUGGAGUCAAUAUACCUAGAAGUCCUUUCAGGGUUGAAGUAGCUGAACCUAGUAAUCCAGGAAAAGUGCGAGUUUUUGGUCCAGGUGUAGAAAAUGUUACUAGAGGUCAACCAACCUAUUUCACAGUAGACUGUAAACAGGCUGGACAUGGUAAUGUUGGAAUUAGUGUCACUGAUGAAGCUGGACGUGAUGUCGCUAUGGAUACACAGGAUAUGAGAGAUGGAACAUUUAAAGUUGCUUAUACAGCUAAUACACCGGGGCCUUAUUAUACUGUACAAGUAUUUUUCAAUAAUCAAGAAGUUCCACGUAGUCUAUUUAAAGUACCUGUUAAACCAAAUAUCGAUAUGUCGAAAAUUCAUGUUGAAAAUCUUGAACCAACUAUCACUACUGGUGUACCAACUGAGUUUGAUGUGAUAACUGCGGGUGCAGGCCCACCAAAUAAUAGUAAACCGAAACCAACUGUAACAGUGAAAUCUCCGAACGGUAUGCGUGUACCAUGCACUUUAGCUGAAAGCGUUGAUGGAUAUACACCUUCCUUUACACCAACUGUUGUUGGGCCUCAUACUGUUGCUGUUGAAGUUGGAGGUGUACCAGUCAAAGGUAGUCCAUUUCGUACAAACGCCAUUCCACCAGCUGCAGUGCAAGAGCCUAUCUAUCCAAAAGAUUUCGGACGUCAGCAAGCUACUUCAGCACCUAUUUCUGGACCUGAAGCAGCAGCUUUGGUCCGCGCGUAUGGUGACGGACUUUAUCGUGCAAUAGCUGGAAAGCAGGCGAAAUUCACAAUCGAUAGUCAAGAUGCUCCACCUGCUCCACUAAGUGUUACAAUUGAAGGACCUGCAGAAGCUAAAAUAAAUUAUAACGAUAAUGGUGAUGGAACAUGUGGCGUAGAUUAUUUACCAACUGAACCAGGACCAUAUGUUGUAAAUGUUUUAUACAAAGAUACACAUAUUAAAGGGAGUCCAUUCCCUGUAAGAGUCGCUCCACCUGGAAGAGAACAUAUAGAUAUAUCCCGAGUUCAUGCCUACGGUCCUGGAUUACAACCAACUGGUGUUUUCAAAGAAUCAUUUGCUAAAUUCACAGUUGAUGCUAAAGCGGUUGAUCCACAAAGUAGAGGAAUAGUUAAAGCUAUUGUAGUUAGUCCGAAUAAACAAAGAACAGCAUGUUUAAUACAAAAUAAUGGUGAUGGAACAUAUAAAUGCAGUUAUUCACCAAUAGAUGAUGGCUUACAUCACGUUGAAGUUACAUAUGAUGGAGCACCGGUACCUGGUAGUCCCUUCCCAGUAAAUGUUGCUCCUGGAUGUGAUCCAACAAGAGUAAGAGCUUACGGUCCAGGUUUAGAAGGAGGCUUUACUCAUGAGCCUCAAAGAUUUACGGUUGACUUAGAUGGUGCGGGUCAAGGUGCCCUCGGGUUAGCUUUAGAAGGGCCAGCUGAUGCGCAAAUACAAUGUCAAGAUAAUAAAGAUGGAACAUGUACAGUGGACUACUUACCGACACGGGCAGGAACAUAUGAUAUCUUUGUUAAAUUUAACGAUAUGAAUAUUCCAGGUAGUCCAUUUCAAGUUCCCAUACGAGAUGUGGUUGAUCCAACUCGUGUUCGUUGUUAUGGUCCAGGUCUAGAGCCUAGAGGAGCACGAGCGCAACAACCAGCUCACUUUACUGUCGAUGCUUCACAGGCAGGAGAUGCGCCUAUCCAAGUUGCAACAGUUGAUCGUGUUGGAAGAACAACACCAGCACAUAUUGUUCCACGAUCAAAUCAACCGGGUGUCUACGAUGUGACAUAUGUUCCAGAUACCGAUGGUCCGUGUCAAAUUGAAGUUAAACAAGCAGGAAAUCAUGUAGCUCGAUCACCAUUCACUCAACAUGUUUUACCAGCUUUUGAACCACAACGUGUGCGUGUAACAGGUGAAGGUGUUCAUCCAACUCGUCCAUUAGGACUUCCAGCUACUCAACCGACUUCUUUCCAAGUAGACACAAGAGAUGCAGGUCUUGGAGAUCUAGAAUUAUCAGUUAUGGAUCCUGAUGGUCAACCAUUACAAUUAGAAGUAGUAGAUGUUGGAGAUGGAACAUAUAUAUGUCAUUAUAAACCAAUGAUUGUUGGACGUCAUACUGUACGAGUAAAAUAUGGUGGACAAGAAAUUCCUGAAAGUCCAUUCCUAGUACCAGUUGCACCAUCUGGACGAGCUAAUAUGUGUCGUAUAGAAAAUGGUAAUGAUAGCCGAAUACCUGUUGGUCAAGAAUGUGUUAUCAGUGUGAAUACAGCACAAGCUGGUGUUGGACAAUUAACUUGUCGUAUUGUUACACCGUCUGGAGCAACAGCUGAUGUUGAAAUUCAUGAAGCACCAAACGGUCGAGUUAAUAUUUACUAUACACCACCAAUUCGUGGUGAUUAUUUAGUUGAAAUAAGAUUUGGCGGUGAACUUAUACCAAAUGGAAGAUUUAACCAAAAAGCUGUCAACCCAGAGGAACUAAUGAACGAUGUAACUGAUCAAAGAGUACAGCAUGUAACUGUACAAUCUGUACAGUCUGUUCAGUCUUCAACAAUUACAACAGGAUAUCAUCCAGUUGAUUUUAAACUACCUGUUGGCCCAACAUUUAGUCAUGUGGAAGGUUUGGUUCGUACACCAAGUGGUCGAAUUUUACAUCCAACUUUACUGGAUAAUGGUGAUGGAACAGUGACAGCACAAUUUCAACCAAAUGAACCUGGGCUGCAUGAAUUAGAAAUAACUUAUAAUGGUCAACCAAUACCAGGUAGUCCUUUCAGAUUCUAUGUUGAAGCUGUUGGAUCUGGAAUUGUUACAGCUUAUGGACCAGGAUUAUCUUGUGGUCGUGCUGGAGAACCAGCAAAUUUCACUUUAAUUACACGCGAUGCUGGAGCAGGCGGAUUAUCACUUUCCGUUGAAGGACCAUCCAAAGCCGAUAUUCAAUGUGAUGAUAAUAAAAAUGGUACUUGUAGUGUAAGCUAUCUACCACUAGUACCUGGUGAGUAUACAAUAUCGAUUAAAUUCAUGGAGAAUCAUAUACCUGGUUCACCAUUCACAGCACAUAUAACCGGUGAAUCACGCAGAUUCAAUCAAGUUUGUGUCGGUACUACCAGUGAAAUGCCAUUGCGUAUUACAGAAACAGAUAUUUAUAAUCUUGUUGCAACCGUUCGUAGCCCAUCUGGACUUGAACAACCAUCAACAUUAAAAAGACUACCAAACGGACAUCUAGGUAUUUCAUUUACACCUCAUGAAAUUGGUGAACAUUUUGUUAAUGUAUUCCGUAAUGGUCGACAUAUUGCUAAUAGUCCAUUUAAAAUUUAUGUUGGUGAAAAUGAAAUUGGUAAUGCAUCGAAAGUUCGUAUUUAUGGUAAUGGAUUAAGAGAAGGUAUGGCAAAUCAAAAUUGUCAAUUCACUGUGGAUACAAGAAAUGCUGGCUACGGUGGCUUGAAUCUAUCAAUUGAAGGACCAAGUAAAGCAGAUAUUGAAUGCCAUGAUAAUCAAGAUGGUACAUGUUUGGUUACAUAUCGUCCAACUGAACCUGGAACAUAUAUAAUUAAUGUUAAAUACGCUGAACAACCAGUACCAGGCAGUCCUUUUGUAGUUCAUAUUGGUGGUGAACCAUCACUUAGAAUGAUGGAAAGAAUUACACGACAAAGAGAACUUGCUGAUGCAACAUAUGUAGGCAGUCAAUGUGAAUUAAAUUUAAAAAUUCCAGGAAUAAAUAUUCGUGAUUUGACAGCUAAUGUAACUAGUCCAUCAGGAGUAAGUCAACGAUGUGAUGUCUUAGCUAUGGAUGAUGUGAAUUACACCAUUAAAUUUGUACCACAAGAAAUGGGUGUACAUACUGUUUCAGUACGUCAUCGAGGAUCUCAUAUUUCUGGAAGUCCAUUUCAAUUUACUGUUGGUCCUAUUACAGAAGGUGGAGCUCAUAAAGUACAUGCUACCGGUCAAGGAUUACAAAAUGGUUUAACUUAUUCAUUAAAUGAUUUUAGUAUUUAUACUCGUGAAGCUGGUGCAGGUGGUUUAUCAAUUGCUAUUGAAGGACCAAGUAAAGCUGAAAUCAACUUCGAAGAUAGGAAAGAUGGUUCAUGUGGAGUUUCUUAUCGUGUAACUGAACCAGGUGAAUAUUUAUGCUCUAUUCGCUUCAAUGAUGAUCAUAUACCGAAUUCACCAUUUCGUGUUAUCAUAAAUGAAGCAAUGGAACGAACAUUCUAUACACCUGAAACUAAAUUAUUAAAUAUUACAAGUAUUCAAGAUCGUGGUCUGUCGAUUGGGCGUCCAACAGCAUUCACAGUUAAUUACUCGGGAAUGACAGGUAGAAUGAGAGCAUAUGUAGUAGCUCCAUCUGGAUUACAGUCAGAUGCACUUGUACACCAAGUGGAUGUUGAUCAGCACGCAGUACGAUUUACACCUCAUGAAAAUGGAGCACAUUUGGUGCAUGUACUAAUGGAUGAACGUCCAGUACCUGGAAGUCCAUUCCGUGUAUUAGUUGGACAAGAAGAAACUGGUCAUGUUACAGCCAGUGGGGAAGGUUUGACUCAUGGACGUGUUGGUGAACGUAAUCGAUUUUUCGUAAAUACUGUUCAAGCUGGAAGUGGUGCUUUAUCAGUUACUGUGGAUGGUCCUAGUAAAGUUCAAUUAAAUUGUACUGAACGGUCAGAUGGAUACGAUUUCACUUAUUUGCCAUUAUCGCCUGGUGAAUAUCUUAUCAGUAUUAAAUAUGGUGAUUCACAACAUAUUAUAGGUUCACCAUAUAAAGCAAUUGUUACAGGAGAUGCUGUACACGACGCAAUCACAACUGAUACAACACAUGUUGUAGUAGAAACAGGAGGACGUUUAAUUAAUGGACCACAUUCUAAUCUUGGUCCAUCUAGACCAGAUCGUGUUACAUGCUCUGGACCAGGACUUAAACAAGCAUAUCUUAAUGAAACGAAUACAUUUACAGUUAAUGCAUCACAAGCAGGUCAUGAUGUACUAUAUGUUGGAGUAUCUGGACCAGUUGUAGCCUGUGAAGAAGUCAAUAUCAAACAUAUGGGUUAUGGUCAAUAUUCAAUUAGUUAUACUGUACGUGAUCGUGGUCGUCAUUUAAUUAUGAUUAAAUGGGGUGAACAACAUGUACCAGGAAGUCCAUUCACUGUUGAUGUUAUCUAAUUCAAUCAAAUGUUGUUGUUUUUUUUAAAGUCAACUGUAUUACAAUUUAUCCAACCACCAAAUUUAGUAUCCUUCAUGACAACAUAACAAAUUUGAUGAUAAUUACACGCUUAUAAUUGUACUUUUAAAUGAAUAAUAAUAGAUAUUUCUUUGCAUGAAUGUAAUCAUUACAAUAAAGUAUUAUACACAAAUAUAUAUUUACAUAUAUAAGGGGGGGGGAGGUGAAUUGUUCCGACAAAAAAAAACACCAGUAAAACACCUAAUUUACAAAUGCCUAUUACAAAACAAUUUGCAUUGCUUUAAUCCUUCAUAGUUUUAUUUUUUCUUUUACCCUAGGCUUUUCCGAAAUUUCUUUUCGCAUGUUUUUCUUUUUUUUUUGACUUUAAGAAUGACUAAAAUAAACAUUCAUCAUUGGAAAGUAUUCACUAUACAUACAGUAUUGUUCUUUGUUUCGUUAGUAUUUCGCUUUGCUAAAAGAGAAAAUCAACUGUUUACUAUUAUUAUUAUUAUUAUUUAUAUUGUUAAUAGUUGUUAACUGAACAGAUUUGCAUGUUACACAGAUAUUGCACACAUAAGUGUACUUCUGUAUUGGUCGAUUAAUGCUUCUUCCAAUUGUUUGUUUGUUUGUUUUCUAUUAAAGUAUAUUCACUAACAUUAUUUAUAAUAUUGUAUUCUGAUUCUACUCCUUUUACGUCUAUAAGCAAUAUUAUUCCCAUUUAUUAUUAUUAUUAUUAUUAUUAUUAUUAUUAUUAUUAUUAU